AGUUGAUAUUUUGGCAUCCAAGGAUUAGAGAAACGCCCAAGGCCUGGCUAUGAAUCGGACUAUUGAUUCAGGGUGUAUCUUCAAGGUCGAGGCUGAGAAAGAUGCGGUCUCGCCGCAAGGCUGAAUCACAAGGCGGAGAUCUCCGAUCUGCGCAGGAAGAUUGGAACCCUCGAAGAUCAUAUUUUCUGUCACAACUCAAUUGAGGACUUAUAAACUUUUGAUUGUCCAUCAAAGUCAGAUCUCAUCUCAGGACCAACAUCACGACCUUAUGACCUCGAACCCCGCCAUCGAACGCCUCCAGACCCUAUCUUUGCAUCUCCCCGCCUUCUCUUCACAAGCUUCAACAAUGAGUACCCAAACCAGAGAUCCAAUUACAUGCCAUGUCCUCGACACUACAACUGGUCGGCCAGCCGCCAACAUGGCAGUAAAGCUGUUAUGCUGCACGAUUCCUGACAUCGUCUUCGAGUGUAAGACCAACGCCGAUGGUAGAAUAGGCAAUUGGAGUAAUAUGCAAGGGGCAAAUGGGGAAGAAGGAGCAUUCGUGGCCGAUCGAGGAGGAAGCAGGGAGCAGGAUCAAGCUGUAAGUUGUCCAGCAGGAUCCAGUCUUUGGAAGUUGCAAUUCGAUACAGGAGCGCAUUAUGGAACGGAAAAUACAUUCUUCCCGGUUGUCGAAUUGACAUUUCUGGUCAAGGAGGGCGAGCAUUUCCAUGUCCCAUUGUUGCUAGGCCCAUACAGCUUCACCACGUACAGAGGUAGCUAGAUGCGAUCUAAUCAAGUUCCAUUUCGUCCGUAUAAAGCUCUGGCG